CAUGAGUAGGAGCGAGCGAAGGCGUGGCGGUCGGCUGGGAAUAUGAACGGCAAGAGGCUCGACUGUCAGUUGGAGCUCAGAGCUGCUGGAGGGAAAGUGACUCCGACCCCGCUACUCUGCCGAACAACUGAUAUCAGUCCAGUGUGUGACAUCGGCGGAAAACGGCGUGCGCGUGACAUAAAUAGACAUGUCCCAGCAGGCAGUGAACGGGGGUCUGUGCCGGGGCAAGGUGCUGACUUUGGACAACAUGAACCCCAAUGUGAGGCGGGUCGAAUACGCGGUCCGUGGUCCUAUAGUCCAGCGGGCGAUGCAGAUAGAGAAGGAGCUGAAAGAGGGAGUCAAGAAACCCUUCACAGAGGUCAUCAAGGCUAACAUAGGCGACGCCCACGCUAUGGGUCAGAAACCAAUCACAUUUCUCAGACAGGUCUUGGCUCUGUGUUCUUACCCUGAACUCCUGGAAGACAACAAGUUUCCAGAGGAUGCAAAGAAAAGAGCACGGCGUAUUCUCGAGGCCUGCGGAGGCCACAGUAUAGGGGCCUACAGUGCGAGCCAGGGCAUUGAGUGCAUUCGUCAGGAUGUGUCGCGCUACAUAGAGAAGAGAGAUGGUGGAAUCCCGUCUAACCCUGACAACAUCUACCUCUCCACUGGGGCCAGCGAUGCUAUUGUGACCAUGCUGAAGUUGCUGGUGUGUGGCGAGGGUCGCAACCGUACAGGAGUGAUGAUCUCCAUCCCUCAGUACCCUCUGUACUCGGCCGCCCUGGCAGACCUGGGUGCCGUGCAGAUCAGUUACUACCUGGACGAGGACAAGUGUUGGAGUCUGGAUGUUGCAGAGCUCAAGAGAGCCCUCAAUGCAGCCAGGCAGCACUGCAAUCCCCGUGUCCUCUGCAUCAUCAACCCUGGAAACCCCACCGGUCAGGUCCAGAGCAGACAGUGCAUUGAAGAUGUGAUCCGAUUUGCUAAAGAGGAGCAUCUCUUCCUCAUGGCUGAUGAAGUCUACCAGGAUAAUGUGUAUGCAGAGGGCUGUAAGUUUCACUCCUUUAAGAAGGUGUUGUUUGAGAUGGGACCAGAAUACUACAAUGCAGUGGAGAUGGCCUCCUUCCACUCCACUUCCAAAUGCUACAUGGGAGAGUGUGGAUUCCGUGGAGGCUACAUGGAGGUGAUUAACAUGGACCCCGAGGUGAAGGCCCAACUGACUAAACUGGUGUCGGUGCGUCUGUGCCCGCCUGUCCCCGGACAGGCUCUCCUGGGCCUGGUGGUCAACCCCCCGCAGCCUGAGGAGCCCUCCUACACCACGUUUAUGAAGGAGCGGACAGCAGUGCUUUCAGCUUUAGCAGAGAAGGCCAGGCUAACAGAGCAGGUCUUCAACGCGGUACCCGGUAUCACCUGUAACCCUGUGCAGGGAGCCAUGUACACCUUCCCCCGCAUCACUCUGCCUCAGAAGGCCAUCGACAAGGCAAAGGAGGAGGGCCAGGUACCAGACAUGGUCUACUGUAUGAGGCUGCUGGAGGAGGAGGGUAUCUGCCUGGUGCCAGGUAGUGGCUUUGGCCAGAGAGAAGGAACCUUCCACUUCAGGAUGACCAUCUUGCCUCCCACUGACAAGCUGAAGGUCAUGCUGCAGAAGAUUCGCGAGUUCCACCUGCGGUUCACGCAGGAGUUUUCAUAAUGAUCCCCCACAUUUCAAAUGCAUCUCAAGAACCAACUCAUUCAGUGCCAGUAUCUUCAAGUGCCUUUGUGUGAAGGAGGCAGCGAUCUCACAGUCACCUCCUGCAAUACACAUCUCUUGCCUCAAGACUAUUCUCACUAGAUCAGAUUUUUAAGAUUUUCACUGUUUUGCGUCAGUGAACAACCUUGAACAUUUCCUCGUUUAGACAGCUAGUGAAAGGUAGUCCUGCUCAUGUGUAUGUACAGCAUGUGACGAUGUAUUGAUUUAAAUUACAAGAUGCAUUUUGUAAAUGUUCAAAAAGAUGUUUUAGUGCUGAUUGUAUGUUAUCUAAGAUAUUUCAGAAGCUGCUACAGGGGCAUCUCUCUCCUGCAAACACCUAUACAGCCAAAUUAGUCUGAAGUAUCAAUUUAAUAAUAGUAGUGAUUAACCCGAUUAACCGUAGAGCCAUUAGUAUUACUCAUGUUUAAACUGUUCUUAAAUGUGAUUAAAAACACUUGUUUUCUGAA